AUGGCGAGCGUACUAGACUCCAACAACAGUCUCCUCACCCCGGACAAGUCCAUUCAGAACAACUUUACCGAGGAGACUGUCUAUCUUGACGCUGUAUUUCUCGCGAUUAGGUGCUUCGUCGCACCCAUUUACCUGUUGAUCAUCACCGUGGGCUUGCUGGGGAACAUCGCUUUGGUUAAGGUAUUUGUGUCCAACAGCGCCAUGCGAAGUGUACCCAACAUUUUCAUUUCCAGCUUGGCGGCCGGCGACCUGCUUCUCUUGGUGACCUGCGUUCCAGUGGACGCUGCGAGGUACUUUUUCGAGGAAUGGGUCUUCGGCACAGUCGCUUGUAAACUCAUCCCCCUUAUCCAGCUCACAUCGGUGGGAGUGUCCGUGUUCACACUAACCGCCCUCAGCGCCGACAGGUACAAAGCCAUUGUGAACCCCAUGGACAUCCAGGAGUCCAGUGCUGUCCUCCACACCUGCCUGAAGGCAGUCACAAUAUGGCUGAUCUCUGUGGUCCUUGCCAUCCCGGAGGCCGUGUACUCACAGGUGGUACAACACCACAACGGCAACAACAUGAGCUUCAGCGCCUGUGUGCCUUACCCACUCUCCGACAAGCUGCACCCCAAGAUCCACUCCGUUCUGAUAUUUCUGGUCUACUAUCUCAUCCCCCUCACUAUCAUCAGCAUCUACUACCUGCACAUCGCCCGCACCCUGAUCAAGAGCGCGCACAACAUGCCCGGAGAAAGCAGCGAACACGCCAAGCGGCAGAUGGAAACCCGGAAGCGCCUUGCCAAGAUCGUGCUGGUGUUCGUUGGCCUAUUUGCAAUGUGCUGGUUCCCUAACCAUGUGCUCUAUAUGUACCGCUCCUUCCACUAUGGCCAGAUCGACCCUUCCCUCGGGCACCUCCUGAUCACUGUGCUGGGCCGGGUGCUGAGCUUCUGUAACUCCUGCGUCAAUCCUUUCGCCCUGUACCUGCUGAGCGAGUCCUUCCGGAGACACUUCAACAGCCACCUGCGGUGUAAAGGGCAGCACCGGCGGUCCGGGUCCACCAGUUACUUCCAGAGCACCUCUGCCUUGCGCAUGACGUCAGUGAGAAGCAGUAACAGGAACACCAUUGCCAAUGGUCACAGCCUCAAACAAGAGUCAGUAGCCUGA